AUGCCGCUGACUAGGCGUGCGAUCUCACCGGUUAACGUAAGCCUUCAUCGUUUGCCAUCUUCGAUACAGCACGAUGAGUUGGAAUGCGUUGCCAAUGGUACUCUAGCAAAUCUAAUUCGACAACUGAGUUCGUUAAGUCGACAUGCUGAGCAUAUUUUCGGCGAAGUUUAUCACGAGGCCGUGAAAUUGGAUCAUAAAACAAAUACUUUAUCGCAAAGGAUUGAAAGAUUGACGCACAAG